UGUGUUUAUUCCGACUAGAUCCUUUCGUUUGACUCAACAACCGUCACCAUCGGUCGCCGUCGCAAACCAAGACACCAGCACAGGCCCAAGUCUGGCCGUGGCCGUCGCAUCAUGGGCAAUGAACCGUCGACAAUGGUCGAUGAGAAAACCCCUCCUUCCGUGCUAGAGGCGCGGAAUAUGGAGUCGGUGGCCAAGUAUAUCAAGGACAAAAAUGUGCGACGGAUUGUGGUGAUGGUGGGCGCAGGAAUUAGCACUUCAGCAGGCAUUCCCGACUUUCGAUCCCCCGAUACAGGUAUCUACGCCAAUCUCGCCCAUCUCGACCUCCCUGAUCCCGAGGCUGUGUUCGAUAUCAGCUUCUUCCGGAGCAACCCCCGUCCUUUUUAUGCCCUGGCGCGCGAACUUGCUCCAGGUCGGUAUCGACCGACCAUUUCCCACUCGUUCAUUAAAUUACUUUACGAUAAGGGUAUGCUGUUGAAACACUUUUCGCAGAACAUCGACUGUCUUGAGCGCCAGGCGGGUUUACCGGGUGACAUGAUUAUUGAGGCCCAUGGUAGCUUUGCUUCUCAGAAGUGCAUUGAAUGCAAAGCGGAGUACCCGGAGAAGAUGAUGAAGGAGGCCAUUGAUACGGGCAAGGUGCCGCACUGCUCCCAGUGCAAUGGGUUGGUGAAGCCGGACAUUGUCUUUUUCGGGGAAGCGCUACCGGAGGACUUCUUCCUGAACCGGACGCUUCCAGAGGAGGCCGACCUGUGCAUUGUCAUGGGUACGAGUCUGUCUGUACAGCCAUUUGCUAGUCUACCGGGAUUCUGCAAGGAUGGUGUCCCCCGAGUACUCAUCAACAUGGAGCGCGUGGGGGGAAUGGGGUCCCGCCCGGACGAUGUGCUUCUACUUGGAGAUUGUGAUGCCGGAGUGCGGAAAUUCGCGCAGGCGAUGGGCUGGGGUCAGGAACUGGAGCGGCUAUGGGAGCAAACCAACCCCGACAAAGAGUCCCGGGAGGCCGAGAAUGCCCCUUCGUUGACGAGGGAUGAGCGACUACAAGAUGAAGUGGAACGCCUGACAGAGGAAGUCGACCGGACCUUGGGAAUAUCGGAUGCAUACACACAGCGAGUGCGAGAGCGAUUGGAGGGUUCAAAGACUCUUCGUCCGGCGGAGGACGAAAGCUACAGUGGAUUGGGGCAUGUCUUCCCUUUUCUGGCGGGGAAGAAUAAAGCGAGCCAGUAAGGAUAGAGAUGAACUGAAUGACGAUGAUAGAUAGUAGAUAUGAGUUGAGAUAGGUUUAGAUUCCCCAAUGGCGUGUGAUGAUUGAUGUGUCUAUACGAACGAAUUGGAGUCGAGGCCGUGUGUGGAGCUGGUUACAUAU